GAUAAGCACUACUUUCAUCCCGAAAGAUGAAAUGAUUAAGCCGAAGUCCUGCAGGAAUGGAAAUGGAUCGCACCAAUAUCAGGGAAGCAAUAAUUGGGUGCUUUUUUUCUCAGACUGUUGAAGUUGAGAAUGACCUUUCUUCGAGUCGUUCUCGCCGGAGACUCUCAGGUCUCUCUAAAAACCGCAUCUUUUUUUUUUGCUAUCAACUUCUCUACAAAUUUAUUGUUCCAAAGAUUAAAAGCAUAUUCUUCCAUAAUGCUGGCUUUUAAAUUGUCCUUUUUGAUUCCCAAUAUAUUAGAUUGUUCAGAAAGCGGUUGUGCUGUGUUGAAAUCGCUUAGCAGAGAAGUAUCUGGAGUUGGAAUCAAAUUGCGAAAGUAUAGGAAGAAAAUUCUCAAGAACCUUUUAGUGUCAAGAUUCCGCAAACACUUCAACAUUUUGCGGAAGGGGAUAAAAGGGAAACUACCAAUUCAAGAACAGAACCGAAAGAUUUCAACACUAUCUUGUGCUGACAUGAUGAGCACCAUGAAAAAAUGGAGGAAAUUUUACAAGGUUCCUGGAUUCAAAAGGGGUUGGAAGUUUCAGACAGAAUCCCAGAAGGUCCAGCUGGAAAACCUUAAACCUCCUCGUCUCUGUGAAGUAGUAGCUUUCCACAUGAAUGUGGAAGAAAAGAAGGGCAAAAUGAAGACGCUUUCUGGAGCAUUUGGUGGUGACUACAAGCUACAUAUCAGUGAAGGAAAGUCUUCCCUCUUAGUCUCUGCUUCCAGUUCCAGCAGGGAUAUUGAAGUUGAAUUGACUUGUUCAAUCUGCUUGGAUACAUUAUUUGAUCCGGUUGCUCUGAAAUGCGGUCACAUCUUCUGCUACAUGUGUGCCUGUUCAGCUGGAUCAGUACUCGCCAUUCAUGGAAUGAAGGCCGCAAACUCCACAUCAAAGUGCCCCUUAUGCAGAAAAGUACGCAUUAAGUUGGUUUCUUUGUCUAGUUUAUCUUUUCCCGUUUCCGAGGUUAUUAGUUACCGGCUCUGUCCCAAAACAGGAUAUUCAUUUUGGGACGGAAGGAGUAUAAUUUAUGUAACAUCAAUUGUGGGAUAUGGUUGAUUAGGAAGGGGUAUUUCAAGAUGCAGAACGGAUGUCCCAACUACACAUACUGUUGAAAAGAAAGUAAGUUCACUUAAUACAAUUUUCUCUUCUUUAUUAAGGCCCAGUUGUGCAGUAUUUAAACUGAGGGGUUGUGGGCAGAUUGCCAGAAUAUUGGAAAGACAGGCGAGAGAAGGAACGCCAAGCUCGGGUCAAAGAAGCCAAAGAGUACUGGGAGCUACAAUGUCGUGCAUUUGUUGGAAUCAAAUGAGCUCUAAAUUUAUCUAUUUGCCUAUCAUCAGCUUAGAUAAUUUGACAAUGUGUUUGGAAUUUUGAAGCCAUUACUGGAAAGAGAACAUAGGGGCGCUGUGUAAAUAUUGUAACGAAUUUUGUGCAUGUUUGCUGCAAUGCUAUAGUUUGGACUCAAUAAUCAGACUUUCAGUACAUUUGUAAAUUGAAACAGUUUCAACAAUGGUGAAGAACGACGCCCAAUCAGUGUGUGUGUUUAGAUGCUUUAAAUUGCCCUACCACAUUUUUAUGGAAC